AUGGCUGGUGGUGGUCGUGAAGAGAGCAUUUCCAUUGACGACAUGACUCCACCAAGGCACCACCACCACCGCCGUGAUCGCCAACUCCCAAUAACCUCCGCCGCCAAGACCACCACCGCCACCACGACGCCUUCCUCCUUCAUCUCCGACGCCAAAGCCAGCAUCCCACGGGGAUGGUUCGUCCCAGUCGACGACUCCCCAACUCACUUCCAGAAGGUUCUGGCUGAGGUGGUGGGGACAUACAUGCUGGUGUUCAUCGGGUGCGGUUCUGCCCUCAUCAACAGAGUGCAGCCGCUGGGGACCGUUGGGAUGGCCAUGGCGUGGGGGUUCGUGCUCAUGGCCGCCAUUUACGCGGUGGGCCAUAUCUCCGGCGCUCAUUUCAACCCCGCCGUCACCGUCGCCUUGGCCGCCAUCCGACGCUUCCGCUGGAAAGAAGUGCCAAUGUACGUGCUGGGUCAGCUACUGGGAGCAACGCUGGCGAGCCUGACCCUGAAAGUGCUGUUCCACAAGCAACCCGACAUCAUCCCGAUAGCCACGCAGUACGCUGCCGCCACCACCGACCUCGAAGCUUUCCUCUGGGAGUUCAUCAUCACCUUCAUCCUCAUGUUCAGCAUCUGCGCCAACACAACCGAUCACCGCGCGAGCCCCGGGCUUGCCGGCUUCGCUAUAGGCUCCACGCUACUGGUGAACGCUCUGGUUGCUGGGCCGAUCACUGGGGCGUCGAUGAACCCUGCGAGGAGCAUAGGCCCCGCAGUGGCGGCGGGGGUGUACAAGAACCUGUGGCUCUACAUCUUGGCGCCUGUUCUCGGGGCAUUGUUCGCGGCCAUGGUCUACAGCGGACUUCGAGUACCCAAGCCAACGGCUGCUUCUGCUGAUGACAAGGAUAUGACUGCACAAGGUUGA